AUGGGAAAGAGCAUGCGGAUUCCGUCAUCUAAACUUUCCUUACCAAAUAAUGGUAAUGGUAAUUCCCGUGUGACUAAGAUACUUGAUGCGCUUAAUCGCCGCCACAAAUGGCAAAAUACCCGCAAGGGGCUGCCCAAUAAGAGGCAAGGUUCUGGAAAGCAAAUUACUGAUGGGGGGAGUAGCGAAGCGACCGCUAGCACAAGUCAACCGCCAGAAGUUCCUAAAAAGAACAAACCCCCCAAACUCAAUGAACAAGAAAGCGCAGAAACUCGUUCGAAGAAAUUUCGAAUCAGAUCUCUCAUCUCAAGUGAAAUGGCCAAACGAAGGGGAAAGAAUCAAUGGCGACGCUCCUCCUCGUCCCCGACGCAUUCACCAAAAAAGAAAGCCAACUCCACCUCCAACUCCAACUCCAACACCAGCUGUCAGAGCCCAGGAACUAUUAAGAAGAGGAGAAAAUGCGAUAUAUGUGCAGCCAUGUUAACCGUCAGUUACUUGAGACAACGAGCAACCGACCACGUUCCAGAUAGAAAGCCGGCUCAGAUCAAGUCCAGAAACGUUGGACUAACAAAGUCUCUCUCCUUCCCCUUACUUGCCGCAAAAACAAAAAAACGAGAUGCUGAGCUACAGGAACUUAAACAUAAGUUGCGGAACGUUAAAGAUAUACAGACUACAAAGGACAGGUUCAUUCUACCUAUGAACCAAUGGGCCGAGUUUCCGAAACCAAUGUUAACAAGACCAGCAUCUUUUAGAGCCACUGCAGCGUCAACUUCACGAAAGGAUAGCAAAAAGCAAAAUGCAAAUCAAUCCAAGAGUCUUAAACAAAAGAUCGGGUUGGUCAUCAAAGUCGACGGGAGAAAGGAGAAGCGUCGGAUUCUUAUGGACGCCGUUUUUCACAAGGUCCCGUACGGUGGUCGUAAAUCUUCCAAAGAUCCAAAGAAAGUCGGCCCCGACAAGCUUAAGAGCAGCAAAAACUCAUCUGGUGAUAAAGCACAUCAUAAGAAAACAUCUUCCACUAGUGAAUCGAUGAGCAAGUAUCGUAAGUUGCUUAGCCAAACAUCGACUAGAGACGAAAAGUUAAUGAAGCAACAUAGUACUGAUCAUAAACCAAAGCUGUUUGUAGCUGGGAAUCGGAAAACACAUAAAAGAAUGCGUUCGUUACCUAAUAUCAGUCCCGAUGAUUUCACGCAAAAUCACGAGUUUCCGGAGAAACCCACUAUGGAAAUACAUAUAAACACAAACUUCGAUGAUCAGAUAUCAACAGAUCGUCUUGUAUAUCCCGAAAGACGAAAUGCGCCAGAUAAGCAGGAAACCAAAUUAGUUGAGAAAGACGAUGAGGAUGUCGAUGAAAAUACGGGAGUCGGUACAGAUGAAUCCACUCAUCAAGAAAAAAAUUCCGAAAGUGAAGCCGAGCACGAAACUAGUUCAAUUGAGAAAGACGAGGCCAUGCACGAAAAUCAUAGUCAUGAAUCUCAAGAACAAAGUGAUCACCAAAGGCAUGUUGUUGAUGAAGAUCUUGGAGUCGAAACAAAUAGUUCCGACGGUCAAGAGGAGCCUCGUGUUGCUAUACAACUUGAGAACGACAAGCCUUUUAACGAAAUUCUUGGAAUGUUCAAAAAGGUUUCCGAUGAAAAGCUAAGAAAUGAGAACAAGUCUAGCGGCGUUGUACGAAAGCAGGUAGCCGACAACACUGCAGAUCAUCAAGAAGAAGAUAAUUCAUCAUUAGCCUCAGAUUCUGACCAUACGGGUGUUCCUCAAAACGCAGAAGUACACAACGAAGAAGAUACAUUAUCAUUAACCUCCGGUUACGAGGUUGAUGAUAACCUAGAAGUUGAGAAAGAAGAUUCAGCAUUUUACUUGUCUUCUCUAAUCGACAUACGCAACUCACUGUUGGAAUUUGAAAACAAACGGCGCAUGUCCUCUAUGAAUGAUGUUAACGGCAAACGAGCUAACAUGGGCACGAGUGCAGCUAAUAAGACGGUUAAAAAUGGAUUCUUACACUUGGAUCUCGAGUCGGUUAAGGACAACGCUGAAUUCCAAUUUGUAAAACAAGUGUUGGAGAAGUCAGGUUUUCUGAAGAAUACACUCCUUGGAGAAUGGUAUUCUAGUUACCAACCGAUCGACCCUUUGUUAUUCGAGGAAGUAGAAACUAGUUUCCUUCAAACCAAACUUCUCGAAGACUUGGAUUCCAUGAAAGACGAGGAGGUUGUUCAAAAGAUUAUCAACGACCAUCAUCUUCUUCUUUUCGAUUUAAUCAACGAGGCGUUAUUGGAGAUUCAUAAUAGAACAUACACUUAUUGCCCACAUGCGUUGACUUACCGUUCAAAGGUGAGUCCUAUGCCUGUAGGGUGUCGUGUUCUAGAACAAGUAUGGGAUAUUGUUAACAUGUACUUGAGUUGGAAACCCGAGUUGCAACCGUCGUUAGAUGAUAUAGUGAGCCGUGAUUUGGCCAAAGGGAGUGGUUGGAUGAACUUACAAGCUGAUGCGGAGUUUGUAGGCAUUGAGCUUGAAGAGUUGCUUGUUGAUGAUCUGUUAGAUGAGCUUGUUUUUGAUGAUUUGUUGAUGUAAAGGACCAAUCCAUAUAUGUAUAAAAUACAACAUGCAUGUAGCAUAUGAUAAUGGUAGUCCUUUCAAAAAA